AUGUGCUUGCGCGGUCCGAAUUGCGCAGUCUAGGCUGCUGUUGGAGCAGGGGUUGCGGGACUGCUGCUGGCGCUGGUGUGCGCGGUGCUGGGGUCGUGCGCCGCCGUGGGGCUGUGGCGCCGCUACUGCACGCGGAGCCCGUGCGGGCCCGGGGGCCUGCAGCUGCAGGGGCCCUGCCCGCCCUUCGGCCGCCGCGUGGCCGUCGCCGAAGCACCUCCACCGUACAAGGACACUUGGGCGUAAAGUACUUUCUGGACUUCCAACUUCAGAAGUCUCACAUCUGAUUUUACUUCAACUGGCAUUUUCAAGUGUUGCUGUUAAAUUAUCUUUCAUCUACUGAUAAAAGGCUGCUAAAUCCCCAUAUUUGUUUUAUUUGCCAUGCUUAAAUCCUGACUUAAAAAUAAUGGUGAUGAAAGAUAAGUGCAUGACCUUGCAUAUUUUGUUAAACUUCGAAAUGUAUAGUAGUUCUCCCUACCACAAUAUUUGUGGAAAUUGAGGAACUAAAUAAAUAUUAUGGAAUAUAUCUAACUCAGAUCCUAGUGAAUAACAGUCAACAAUUUUGAAAUUGUAAGUGAUUAUUGAUCAUAUUGUUAUGCUUCUAGGUAAAUUUCUUAACUUUACCUUUGUUGUGAGCUAAUUUUAAACACACUCUCUUCUGCAACUUCACAAAUGAAACUCAAACUGAACAUGUUUUAAUUUAAACAGUCACUUUUGUAACUCUCUUUCUUUAACUAAGAUUUUAUUUGCUUUUUUGAAUGUUACCAUAAAUGAAAUAAAUACCUUAUUCAUAUAAAGUAUCAAAGACUGUGUCUGCUAGUAUAUCCCACAUUUUCGCAACAUGUGUUAACUUUUUCAUUAACUGAUUAGUUGAAUGGUAGUUGAAAUUCAUUAUUAUAUUUCCUGUAAUUAUAUUAUUAUUAAUAUAAAAUGUUAAGUUAAGUAAAGUUAUGAAAUAUGUGUAUCUUAUUUCAAUGAUAAUGAAAGUAGUAGAAGUAUAUGUAAAUAAGUAAAAUAUAUUGACUUCUUUUUAAAGAAAAAAACACCAUAUGCCGAAGUAAUACAAACUAUCAAUUCUUCACUCAUUGCAGGAAAGUUCCUAUGAAAUAAUGUACACUAAAUUAUUACAUAUAA